CGGGGCGGGGAGCGGCGGGGCCGGGCCGGGCUCCGCCACCCGCCAGCGCCGCAGCGGCAGCGGCCCCGGCUGAGCGCAUCCCUUCUCGCCCAUGCCAGGUGCCUGUUCCCGGCUGCGACGUGACUGAAAAGCGAUGGGGCCUCUGCGGGAGAGCAGCAAGCAGGAGCAGAAUACGCAGCUGGAGAAGGAGGUGUCCCGCAGCCGCAUCCCCCGCCUGGUCCUCCGUCCGCAGCAGAAGACAUCCCCCGCUUCUGAGUCGCCCUUUUCGGAAGAGGAAAGCCGGGAAUUCAACCCGCCCAGUUCCUCCGGGGGUUCCCGCAGGACCGUCAGCAGCAACAGCUUCUGCUCAGAUGACACUGGCUGUCCCAGUAGCCAGUCAGUAUCUCCAGUUAAGACUCCUUCUGAUGCUGGGAACAGUCCAAUCAGUUUUUGCACUGGUAGCGAUGGAGACUUCUGCAGGAAGAAAUUCAGUCCAGGGACAACGAGCGAAGGGAACCCACAGCCGGGUCGAUAUAAGAAGGAGACAAAGACAAGCCUUGUAAAGCCUGGCAGGACCUGGCUGUGGAAAGCUGCUGGCGUCUUGCAAGGGCAGGAAUGUUGUGGGGGCCCAAACACCAGAGGCAGUGAAGCUGAUUUUAGCUCUUCAGGCAGCACGGGCAGUAUUUCAGCGCCUGAAGUCCAUCUGUCUGCUGCUGGAAGCAAGAAAUCUUCUUUCUCUCGCAAUCGCGGCCCUUAUGGUCGGAAUAGUGGAUCCUUGUCCUACAAGCCUGGAGCCAGCCCACUUGCUUCCCGUGAAAAGGACCCUUUGCCAACACUGUGCAAAAACCAGCUGAGUCCUCCUAACAUCCAUCAGAGUUACAGGGCUUCUUCAGUCAGCAGCAGCAACUCAGGCUCAUACAAAGGAAGCGACAGCAGCCCAGUGAUGAGGCGAUCAGGAAGGUACAGUAAUUCUUGUGGUGACAGUCACAACAGUAAGCCACAAAAUCCAGAGCAGUAUUUGACACCUCUGCAGCAGAAAGAAGUCACAGUACGGCAUUUGAAAACCAAGCUGAAGGAGUCUGAGAGCAAGCUCAAAGAAAGGGAAACAGAAGUAGAAGAGCUCAAAGCUCAGCUGCGACGGAUGAGGGAAGACUGGAUUGAAGAAGAGUGUAAUCGUGUGGAGGCAGAGCUGGCCUUAAAGGAAGCAAAAAAUGAAAUUAAACAACUUAAGGAGGUUAUUGAAACCAUGAAAAACAGCAUGGCUGAGAAAGACAAAAAAAUGCAGAAAUAUUUCCUAGACAUAAACAUUCAAAACAAGAAACUGGAAUCUUUGCUGCAGAGCAUGGAGCUGGCUCAGCACAGCUCUGUGCAGGAUGAGCAGUGCCUGGAGUACACGUGUGACUUGGAAGGGAAACCAUUAGCGUUGUGUGCCAUGAUACCAGACAGCCUCAUCGCUGAGGAGCAAGCUCUGGAGGAGGUGGCAGACAGUGGACUGCUUCUUAAUGAGGACACAGCUAAUGAGACUGAUUCAUGUGAAGAGAGUUUGAUCACCAGAACCUGUGCGUUGAGUGAUCCAGCUCCCUCCAAUUCUGCUGUGAAUACAGAGAUGCUUGAAAAUGUUCUGGAUGAAAAACUAGCUUCGCCCCGGGAGGAGGAGAAAAGCAUUAACGUCAUGGUGGAGAAGGCCAUCCAGACUGACGUGGUGCCAUAUAGCCUGGAUGUGGAGCAGUUCUUCCAAAGCAUCUUCAGUGCUCAAGAUGCCUAUCCUCUAAGCCCACCUUCUUCACUGAAGGAGUUGGAUGAAUUUUCUCUUGGAAGCUUCACCGAUUCUGCUAUCGCAGUGGACUUAACUCCGAGCGAUCCAAACUCUGUCAUCCUUUUGUCUCCCAUGGAGUCUCCAUGCAGAUUGGUGGAGCGCGGAGUUAAUGAAAACCGUUUCAUGAAAGAACUUGAUUUUAUAGACCCUCAUGCUGAUGAGGCCUUUGGGUAUGCCCAUACUUCCUCUCAGAUAGACACCAAGAGGAGCUACUGGAGCAGCAGUCUCCUCACAGAUGUUCUGGCUGUAGCAGUCCCUGUUAUACCAACUCUUGUGUGGGCUUUCAGUACCCACAGAGGAGGCACAGAACCCAUUUACAAUAUCUGCCCAUUGCUUCGUGGCUGCUGCCUGGUGGCCCUGUGCUCUUUGCGCCGUACACCCUUCACCAAAACUUAAAGUCUGCUCUGUCUCUGGUGCCAACUGGCUGAGGCAGAGGGGAAUAGGGAUAAGAUAGGUCAUGAAAAGUUAUUGUAUAUUCUUUAAGAGUUCAUAAUUUUGCUUUUAACUAUUUGAUUUGCACUAUAAAUUGUUUCAGAAACAUAUUCCUUGUUUCAAAAAUAAAAAAAAAGAAAUAGCUGAAUCCUGUAGCUCCACAAGGUAUUUUUAUUUUUUAACUGGUGUUUUUAACAGUACUGCUGCCUAAAGAGAUGGCCCUCUUGCUCCCAGGCACUGUGUCCUUCCCCUGUGCUGGGGUCUUUCUGGUGCCAGCACAUCUGCACAGUGAACGUGACCAGGGAAAUCAAGGAGACUUGCAGCUCAUGUCUGUGUUUGCUGAGCUGGCGUGGAGCUCCGUCACUUUCCCUCACUGGUUCUCUGAGCAGAUUCACUGGCUCAAGGGUAGCACGAGACACGCACAGAGAAAGGAGCGGUAUUUCUUGAGGCAGCACUAACCCAAACAUUUGUGAAACUACGGUGUUAAGUAAGUUACAUAGAGACUCCAGCCCAACAAGGGUAUCAACCAUGUGCUCCAGAAGGCAUGCUAGCGCUUUCCAUCUGUUGUCCAGAGUGUCAAUUAAGUUGAGAGGUAACACACAUAUUCCCCAGGCAGCUUCCACCCAGCACAUCCUUCGUCCCUGUCUUGUGUAGUGCUCUUCUCAAUGGUGCAAUUGCUCGAGCAUUUCACUGGUCUUGUGUGUAUACGGGGACUGUAACAAAAACGUACGUUGUUGGGAGUCUUGAAACUUGUUAUAAGUAUAGGCGUAGAUACACUUUGAAUCUUAAUGUUGGUUUAAGUCUUAGUGUAUUGGAACAGGAUAGUCUUCCGAGCCCUUUAAAAUACUAAGUAUAAAUGUAUUGUGUUUUAACUUAUUGUUUAUUUAAUUGUUUUAUUGUAAGUUACCUUUAUUAUCACAAGUUCAGUAAAAGCAUGUUGGAAAUGUCAAA